UUUUAUGCAAACCUGUGCACAUGUCCAUAGACUGAUGAUAAGACUCACUUCUGCUCAGACACACAAAAAAAGGGGCAAUUCUGCUAUUUCCGGCAUGCGGUGUCUUUAUUUAUAUUAUCGUCGAUUCAUCCGCGUCUGAACUCGAUUCUCCAGCAAUACAAAACAAAAUGAGCACUUGAGCAGCUAAUGCUCUUACGCUCACUUCUUCGAAUGAGUUACAGAAAAAUUAUGGCUUCUUCAUCCUCAUCUUUCUUCUUUUUUCUCCUUUCUCUGCUCUCUUUCUUCUCCUUCAUUUGUUCAUUACCAGAUGUCAAAACCACCACCAUUACAAUCCCUCUCUCACGAUUCAAGAACAACCCAUCUCCAGAUCCAUUGCACAAGCUCACCCAUCUCGUUUCUGCCUCUUUAACCAGAGCCAAACAUAUAAAAAAUCCACCAGAAAGCCAUCCCACCAAAACCCCUCUUUUCCCCCGCAGCUAUGGAGGCUACUCCAUUCCGCUCAGCUUCGGCACUCCUCCUCAGACAAUCCCCUUUAUCAUGGACACAGGUAGUGAUCUUGUCUGGUUCCCCUGUACCCAUCGCUAUAUCUGCAAGAACUGUACUUUCCCGAACCAGAACCUCACAACUGACCCAAUUUUCAUCCCUAAAGCAUCCUCCACGGCGAAGAUUGUAGGCUGUAGAAACCCGAAAUGUGGUUGGAUUCACGACCCAGACGCUCAAUCCAGAUGCAUGGACUGUGACCCCAAUUCGAGUAACUGCACACAGAUCUGUCCGCCUUACGCUAUUGUCUACGGUUCGGGUUCAACGGCCGGGCUUCUCCUCUCUGAAACACUCGAUUUUCCUGAGAUAAAGAUACCCAAUUUUGUCGUCGGAUGUUCACUUUUCUCCUCCCGUCAACCCUCCGGAAUCGCCGGCUUCGGCCGUGGGUCACCCUCGUUACCUUCCCAGCUCGGUCUAAAGAGAUUCUCUUACUGUCUCGUCUCUCACCGUUUCGACGACACCACCGAAAGCACCUCGCUUAAUCUGUACGGUGGGUCAUAUUCCGGCGACCAUAAGACCAAGGGCCUUAGCUAUACCCCGUUUCUGAAAAACCCAGCCACCGGGAGACACGCAUUCUCCGUCUACUACUACAUCGGCCUUCGAAAAAUCACCGUCGGCGGCAAACGCGUCAAAAUCCCGUACCACUAUCUAGCCAUGGGUUCGGAUGGCAACGGAGGAGCAAUAAUAGAUUCCGGCUCGACGUUCACGUUCAUGGAGAAGCGGGUGUUCGACCUGGUCGCACGUGAAUUCGAGAACCAGGUAUCGCAUUACAGCAGAGCUUCGGAUGUGGAAACCAUUACCGGGUUGCGCCCCUGUUUCAACGUAUCGGACGAGAAGACAUUGUCGUUGCCGGAGCUGGUCUUCCACUUCAAGGGAGGUGCGAAGAUGGCUCUACCGUUGCCGAAUUACUACUCCAUCUUCAGUGCCGACGGCGUGGUUUGCUUGACCAUCGUGACGGACGGCGUUAUCCCCGAUACGGAUGUAUCGGGUGGACCAUCGAUCAUAUUAGGGAACUACCAGCAGCAGAAUUUCUACGUUGAGUACGAUUUGGAGAACGAUAGAUUAGGGUUUCGGGAACAGAUUUGCUGAGUAUCGGACGAUGCCGGCUAUGGCUGGAUCCCGAUAACGUUACGUUACGUCAUUUUAUUUUAUCUGAACUAAUCUGAUACAGGUAUUGUAACUAUUAAUUUUUUAAAUGAAUAAGGAUGGUUACGUUGGAUUCUAAUGUGACGGUUGAGAGCUCGUGCUUAGGUAGACAUGUGCUUUUGUGAUACCGUAAGGAAAUUAAUGGGCGGCUUGGCGCAUGGCGCUUUUUCCCGUAAAAGGAGGUUGUGACUUGUGAGUGUGAACUGUCCAAAAUGUGAAUUGUGUGAUCUUUGAAUUGAAAAUGGUAGUCACUGAGUGGAU